AUGUGGCCGAUAGCGGACAAUCAUCCCGACACUCCUAUAAAUAGGUUUGUCACCGCAUGUCCGAACGUCAGUCUCGUUUGCCGACACGUUUGCCGAUCCGCAGAAUCAUACAGAGCGAAAAAUGGUCAGCAAGCAUGUAAUUAUGUUUACAUUACAUUACAGUUAAUAAUCUUGGCUGCAGCAGUGCUUAUGGUAUGCAGAGGUGCAAUCGUUCCAGCUAUCCCACUUACUUCAGUUAUAUCAGCAAUUCCAGCCCCCUUGGCUGCACAACCUCUUCCAAUUGCCAAAGUCGCGGUUGACACAAAUUACGAUCCUCAUCCCCAGUAUUCGUAUGCUUACGAUGUCCAGGAUACGCUGACCGGAGAUGCGAAAAGUCAGCACGAGAGUAGGAAUGGCGAUAUCGUCAGCGGCGGCUACAGCCUCAUCGAACCCGAUGGUACCAGACGGAUCGUCGAGUACACGGCCGACCCGAUCAAUGGAUUUAACGCCGUAGUUCGACGGGAACCCCUGGCGGUAGUGAAACCCAUCGUCAAAGUCGUGCCGUCACCACUCGUUUACUAACCCUUAGAAAUGUCGUGGCUGCAAGGAGCAUCAUCGUCGUCAGAUGACACAAAAGCGACGACGACGUAUAAAAGUACGGACGAUUCUACCCCGAAGCAUCAGUCUUCUUCUAGCGGUUCUGUCGCGCGCAAAUAUGGCCGGCACGGUAACUUUGAUAAGGUGCUGAUAUUUAUUAUUUUUCAGCUCUUUUUUCUCCUGGGACUAACGGCGCUCGUUCGAGGGGCAGUGGUGCCGGCGGUGGUGACUGUACCCCUAGCGAAGCUCGAGGAGUUUGAUGCCGCGCCGCAGUACAGUUUUGCGUACGACGUGCAGGAUGCGGUGACCGGCGAUUCCAAGGCCCAGUACGAGACUCGAAACGGCGACAUCGUGCGUGGCAGUUACAGUCUGAUCGAGGCUGAUGGUACACGUCGCAUCGUCGAGUACACCGCGGAUCCGAUCAACGGCUUCAACGCGAUUGUCAGCAGGGAACCGGCGGUCGCUGCCGUCACGGCACCGGUGAUAGCUCCGCUCAGACCGGCCGCCCUAACGCCGGUGGCUGUGCCCGUCGCGUCCGCCGCACCAGUCGCACCCGUCGCACCCGCCGCACCCGCCGCCCCGGCGCCGUCGAUCCCCGCCGUCGGGCCCGAUUCCGACGUCGAGGUGCUCGAGGCCCGGUCGGGUCCCUUAAAGGCGAAACCAACGGCGCGCGAGCGAGAGAUCCAGCGUCAACAGCAGCAGCUGAAACAGCUGCAGGAGCAACAGCGCCAGCAACAGGAACAGCAGCUGCAACAGCUGCGGCAAUUGCAAGAACAGCAAAGACGACCGUCGACACUGCAGAUCCAGCAUCAACAGCAGCAGCAGCAGCAGCAGCAGCAGCAGCAGCAGCAGCAACGGCAACAGGAACAGCAGAUCGCGCGGCAAUCCGCGCGAAUUAUCGGACAGGCGGCUGGACAGAUUGAGCAACAACAACAGAUCGCGAGCCCCCGAUUGAUCGACCUUCCCGCUGCCGCUAGGGCGGUAGCUACGUACCCCGCUUAUCCCUAUGCCGCGUACAGCGCCGCGUACUCCUCGCCGUUUGCCUAUGCCGCCCCUCUCAAUGGUCUGGCUUACGCUCCCACUGCCGCGUUGACGUAAACCAUUCAUUUUUGCUUAUCUCGAAUUAUUACUUGUUACCACGAUCCAUUGUUUGAUAGAAUUAUUAUAAGGAAAUAUUA